GGGGAUGAUAAGAUGUCCCACGGGCAAGUUGUGGCCACACACCUGCAUACACACACACACAGGGACACACACUCACACACACGCACUGGCAGCUGUUUGUUUGACUUUUUUUUUGCUAUAUUCGCCGCUUUUGCUCUGCAGUCUCCCACUCUUCCCACUCUUCUCAAUCAAGAGAAACGAAGAGAAAUGUAUGAGAGACAGAAGAGACAGAAGAGACGGAAGGGACGGAAGGGACAUUGGCAAACAAAGCCUUUUUGAGGGAACUGGAAAGAAACCAGACAAAAGUUGACCCUACACGGGCAUUGGGUAUUUCUUAAUGCAUUGUCCCGAAUGUAUGACAGCCACUCACUUCAAAAUUACACAGCGCUGACAGCGCUCCUCUAAAUUACCUCAGAUUCCCAUCCCCGCCCCCCGCUUAGAAGAGUCUUGCCAUCCUGUGAAGUCAACCGAUGCAGUUUAGUCUAUAUAAUGGGUCGAGUGAUACAUACAGAAGUCCCGUGUUUUCUCUAUAUGUCCGUAUCUGCUCUCGUCCACAGCACUCAAAAAAUACAGCACAAAGUAUGGCCCUCCACGGAAGAUACAUACGCCGCCGCCGAUCGCCAGUCCGAGUACAUACAUUCUCAUAAAUCCGGGCUCUGCCAUGCUUCUCAGGAGAGGCAAGUUGGCGGACCGGACCAGCCAAACGAAUAGUACGCCCUCGAAGACCAGCUCGAUAAGCGCCAUGAUCAGUAGACCGGCCACUCGUUCAAGCAGCUGCGGAAGUGAUGGAGACACCACCUGGUCGAGAGUGAUGAAAGAUGCGUUGGUGAGAAUGAGCACCGUUAGUUCCGCCAAGCCGUAAGCGUGCAUCUGCUGCAUUCAUCGUCCAUCGACGGAAACCAGCCAGAACAGGGGGGAGACGUGGGAUUUGAAGGUAUGAAGAAAAUUCACUUGCUCCUCCCUUACGUCGCUGAGCCUCCUGAGAAAUAUUGGGUGAAGCUUGAACUGGACAACUCGUGUGGGGACAUCGAGAAACGAGCUCAGGGAGCUCAGCGAUUGGUGGCUGAAAAGAGUGCUGACGCUUGUGCGACUUCUCGUGUAGAAGCUCAUUACAGUAGUGGACAGACGGCUGAGCAGUUUGGCCGGCGGAUGCUUGAUGACAUUCGGUCUUUCUGUGUUGUCGGUGUCUUCGCCAGUAACGGUAUCGGGCGUCUCGUUUGAGUGCUGAUGCUGAAUUCUCCUGCGUGCUUUGUCUGAGGAGAGGUAUUGUACAUGGCAUUGCAUCAAAGCUCUCUUAGCCAUGCCGCCAACAACCAUCACUGCACACGUAGACAGAGAAAGACAAAAGGCGUGAAUACGGCAAUAUGGUCGCAUAUAAGUCUCAUGUGUGCACACUAUAUACUAACAAUAUGGGAUCGCCAAGUCGGUCAACAAGUCGAACGAGGCCAGCAUAAGCGAAGUCAAAAUCUGAAAAGAGACAUGGAUGCCGAAAAGCAGAGGAAUCUCACUUAAUCACAGGCAGUCUUCAGCUUGCUUCUUCUGACCCGAGCAGACAAAUGUUGCAUCUCAGCCUGCAUCAUUCUUGGGUAGACGGCGAAAGCUACCGCCGGAUAAGAAAUUGCUGGACCCGUCUGCGGUGCAGGACCGUCGCGUACUGAACGGACUAGCGCUGUCACUGACAGAUGGACAAAUUGAAAGCAUACGACAACACGACGAGGGGGAGCUGAGGAAGGGCUCUUACGGAGAGCAAGAAGAGGGGACAUUGUGAGCAGCCAAGUGAUGACGGCAAUGCUUUCUUCUUGGCGACCUCCCGCGACUUCUUUGAUAAGAGGUAAGAAGAAGGAUCGUGCUGAAAUCGAAAGGGUCAUCAAUAUGAGAACCACCAGCCCCAUUUGUAAGACAUAAAGCCGCUUUCUUAUGACUGUCCUCGAUGUCUGAGCCACUUGGCGGAAGACCCUACAUGGAGCACACAGGAGAAUAUCUAGCUGCCACUUUGUGAUUGUCCUUUAUCUGUUCCCUUCCUUACAUCACUGGCACUACAAUCGCCACUACAAAGUUGAAACAGACCGCAAUAAUGCGGUAAGGCCGCAAGUCCUCCGCAUGAAACAACACCACCGCGCCGACUUGUACGAUUGCAGUGGGAGUCAAGAAGGGCCACGUUGUCCUCAAGCGAUGGAGGGCCCCACGAAAGCUGCCUUCGGCCAUAAGCAGCAGGAUGGCGGCAAAGCAUAGGAAAACGACAGUCUGACGAGCAGCAUCAAGCAAAAUCCACCGUCCUUUUCCACAUGCCCAGAAGUACCCGACCCAAACCUGAGACCAGAUGAAGGCGAUGGUUGCCGCAGCGGCCAUUUGGAAGACGAGCACCUUUGCCGUCCGCCUCACUGUCUUCCAAAAGGGCUCCGGGGUGAACACAGCACCAACAAAAGAACCACCCUCAUAGCGCAAGCGAGUCUCGAACUCCUGAAAGGAGGCUGCAGGUCCCGCGCAUAGUCGAAACUCAGCCACCAUGGCCGCCAACUCGCGCUCCUCCCUCCGCAAUGGUUGUCCAUCUUCUUCUCCGGCCUCAUUGUCCCCAGCCCCCUUCUCUGAACAGGUCUCAACAGCAGCAGUUGCGCCCGUGCUCUCGUCACUGAGCUUCGUGACAUGAUGCUCCUGCGGGGCGGUGUCUUCUGUAUCAACGAUGACUGCCCCAAUGGUGGAUUCUUUGCCUUCCUCCAUCAUUGGUGACCUUCUGAAUCAGUUGAUUUCUUUUCGCGGGGGGGAAAGG